AUGUUCAGAGCUGAGGAGUCUGCAAAAGGUAAUUUUCUUCAACAGACUAAAGCUGCCAGGGAAGAAAGGGCUAAUGAAAAACGUAAGGAGGCUGCUGUUGUUUGUAUACAGGCUUGUGUUCGCGGUUGGCUUGCAAGGAAUAAAUUUGCCACUAGGAUAUUAAAUGAGUUUGAUACUUAUUUUCCAAAUGAAACAGCUACGGACACUUCAAUAGAGUUGAAGCCAGCUUUACAACCAAAGCUGUCUUACGUAGGCGUAGCCUUGAACAAAGACCACUACAUAUCCUGGAUAUCGCAAAUGAAAAUGAUACUGUACCAAUGCAUGAUUGGCCUGGAUGAGCUGCGACCGGAGAGACCUACUGACCAUAGAUGUAUUUUACUGCGGCUCCAUACUCUGGUGAGCUUUACGUCGGCUGGGACUUGGGCAAUACAGAAAGUUAAAGGAAUGGAGAAACUUCGAGCCGGUAUGAAUCAAUUGUGUGCUAAUAUUAUGGGGCAUCUAGUCAAUAGUGGUUUUUAUACAAUCAUGCAGACGUUAUUAGUUAAGGGACUGGGUAGAGAAAAAAUAGCUUUAAAACCACUUGCGCUAUCAGCAGCUGUUACCUUGACAAUGCGGCCAUUGAUAUCUUCACAAAUGUCUGAUAAAUUAGUAUCUUUAUUUUUAAUAAAUAUAUUUAGCGUACCUGCACUUGUUUAUCAUUUGAAUAUUUAUUCAACGGAGUGCAUAAAUCUAUUUAUCAGCCAUAAUUUAUUCACACGGAGUCUCGAGCUGCUCAACUCUGAGCAGAACUUAAGGAUAAUAUUCAAUGCAUUGGAGGGCAGUUAUGCGCUGUGUUUGCUGGCGAAUUUAAUUCAGCUGGCAAAUAUCGAGCGGGAUGAAGUUUUGAAGGACUUGUACUUUCCUUCCUUCAUUUUUGUGGUGACAAAAAUGCUCGAGUCGUGUCAGCAGUACGUGGUAGCGAAGCAGAGCAAUUUGACUCAUUGGCAUCCAGUUCUGGGUUGUUUUGCACAAGCCGUUGAUUCUUCACUCCACGGAGCCAUAACUUAUACUAAAAUUCAGUUGGCGCAUCUUUGGACUGGGAAAAUUGUCUCACAACUUAUUGGACUGCCAUUGGUAGAAAUAGUAGAAAAAGAAGUACCAAGUCCUCCAGAACAUCAAAGUACAUCAGUUGGUACAAAUAUAUUCCGCCGAGCGUUUCUAGAAGCUCGGACGAAUCGCAACAACAGUAACAAAAAUUACCGAAAACUCGGUAGUCCCGAGACGACAAAAAUAUCCUUGAUAUGUUCGUUGUAUCAAACGGCGCUGCACACUCUGACACAAAUGAAACUGGACAUCUUGACGGGACUUUGCUAUCAGGACAAAGUUCUCUACCACAUGUGGCUGUUCCUUAACACUUUGGGACCACACUGCGGUCUCCGGGCGUUCUUAGACCACCUGGCAGCUAAUACCAAGUGCAGCGCGCCGGAAUUCCAGAUGCUCAUUCUUUUCAGCGACUGCAUGACCCACUACGUGACGAUAUUGGACGAUAUGGAGAUGUACGAGCAGCAAGACCCUUUCAAGCUCACGGAUUUUGUUACUAUGUCUUAUUUUCUUAAUCAGUUUUUGUACAAAGCUGUUUUGAAUAAUCUUUUUGAUGUUACAGAUGUCAAGACAGUGUCCAACAACCCUCUAUUCACAUCUCUGCACACCUUAUUAAUGGCGAUCUACCGCCGAGACUGCCGAAGAACAUUUUGCCCCGAAGGUCACUGGCUAGCCAAGGAAGUAAGAGUCUCAGGCUUCCUAGCAGACCUCGAAAAAGGCCGCCGAGGAGCAGCACUUCUCCUCUCAAAAAUGCCCCACGUGAUUCCGCACUCCGAGCGAGUAGUUCUCUUCCGCAAGCACGUAGCCGACGAGAAAGCCGUCUUAGGCCUAACCGAGAGCGCCUGCAACAGUCCAUCUUCAACCCUAAUUUCCGUCCACCGAACCCGAAUAGUCGAGGACGGCUACCGGCAAUUAGCAAUGCUGCCUCCUCAAGCCUUAAAAGGCGUGAUCCGAGUGAGGUUCGUAAACGAGCAAGGUCUCGACGAGGCAGGAAUAGACCAGGACGGUGUCUUCAAAGAAUUCCUAGAAGAAACAAUCAAGCGAGUGUUCGACCCGUCGCUCAACCUCUUCAAAGCCACCAGCGAGAACCGACUCUACCCAUCUCCAACUUCCUACAUGCAAGAAAACCACCUUCAGUUGUUCGAAUUCGUCGGACGGAUGCUCGGCAAGGCAGUCUACGAGGGAAUAGUCGUUGAUGUUCCUUUUGCUUCUUUCUUCGUGUCCCAAUUUUCGGGACAAGCUGGUGGCGCCCUCUACAGCUGGCUGGACGAAUUAGCCUCGCUAGAUCGCGAUCUUUAUCGAAGUCUGACUCUAGUGAAGCAUUAUAAAGGCGAUGUGAGCGAACUGGAGCUUACUUUUUCCCUAGAUGAAGAUGUAAUGGGUCAAUUGGUCACUCAUGAGCUAAAUCCUGGAGGAAAAGCCGAGACUGUCACUAAUUCUAAUAAAAUUAAUUACAUUCAUCACAUGGCGCACUUUAGGAUGCACAGACAAAUUAAAGACCAGACUGCGGCUUUUACUAAAGGAUUUAAAUCAAUUAUCAACCCAGACUGGCUGUCUUUAUUCUCGACUCCGGAAUUGCAGAGACUUAUUUCUGGAGACAAUGUUCCCUUGGAUUUAAGAGACUUGAGGAGGCACACACAAUAUUACGGCGGGUUCCAUGAUAGUCACAGGGUCGUCUGCUGGCUCUGGGAUAUCUUAGAGAAAGAUUUUAGCGAGGAAGAAAGAGGGUUGUUUCUUAAAUUUGUAACCAGUUGCUCGAAGUCUCCUUUAUUAGGCUUCGCGCAUCUAGAGCCGCCUUUUUCGAUCAGGUGUGUUGAGGUCGGGGAUGAUGAAGACACUGGAGACACUAUUGGGAGUGUAAUUAGAGGGUUUUUUACUAUUAGGAAAAAAGAUCCGCAGAAUAGGUUGCCUACUUCUUCGACGUGCUUCAAUCUUCUCAAGCUACCGAACUACCAAAAAAAAAGCACGCUAAGAGAGAAACUCAGGUACGCGGUUACUAGUAACACUGGGUUUGAGUUGUCUUAA